CACGUGGGGGGGCGUGCGCGAAGGGGCAGACAUUUAGCUGGUGCUCUCUGUGCAAGAUCUCUGUGAGUGUUUUUCUUCUUUCUUCUUACUGCCGACAGCUCCACGAUGGCGAAUGAAGCAAGGCCAUGCCCGUGUGACAUUGGAGAUAAGAUUGAAUAUGGCAGUCUCGGAGAGGAGGUCCAGAUUGAGCACAUUAAAGCUUACGUGGUGAAGCCCAAAGCUCCGACUGAGAAAGCCCUCAUCAUAAUUCACGACAUUUUUGGGUGGCAGCUCCCCAACACCAGAUACAUGGUUGACAUGCUGGCUUCACAUGGAUGCAUCGCAGUUUGUCCAGACUUCUUUAUUGGAAAGGAGCCAUGGAGUCCGUCCAAUGACUGGGCAGGGUUCCAGCAGUGGCUGGAGGACAAAAAACCCACCAACAUCAACAAAGAGGUGGACGCAGUCCUGAAGUACCUGAAGGGUCAGUGUGGGGUCAGCAGGAUUGGUGUUGUUGGUUUCUGCUGGGGUGGAGUGGCCACACACUACAUUUCUCUCCAGUAUCCAGAGAUAAAGGCUGGAGUUUCAGUCUAUGGAAUUGUUCGAGAGAAGGAGGACAGAUAUGACCUUAAGAGUCCAACCUUCUUCAUUUUUGCUGAGAAUGACUUUGUGAUCCCACUUGACCAGGUGACUGCACUCGAGGAGAAACUGAAGGAAAAGUGCACUGUUGACUUCCAGAUGAAGAUUUUCCCCAAUCAGACCCACGGAUUUGUGCACCGUAAAAGAGAAGACAUCAACGAGCCGGACAGACGCUACAUUCAGGAGGCCAGGCAGGACAUGAUUAACUGGUUAAAUAAGUAUGUCUAAAGUGGGUGGGUAUUAGGCCGACUCUGAAGCACAGACCAUGUAAAUCAUACACAAUGUUUCAGAUCUAAUCUCCCAAGUCUACAAGGAACAGUUCUGUGGACUUGGCUUAAGUCUAGAUUGCAUUACGUGUGGUGAUUAAUCACUGAAAAUGAUUGUUUUUAGUACGUUUAGGGCUAAAAAUACAAAAUUGAGCUUUGACUUAAUUAGUGUGCAGGACAUGGGACAGUUUGCUUCUUUUUUUUUCAAAGAAUUUUUAAACCUGAUCUCUGUCUGCUGUAUCUGUAGAGUCAGUUAUUACAACCAAUAAUUUUAGUUCACUGAUUUAAAACAUUUAUAAUUGAAACCAGUGGGCA